AUGUGUAUAACUGCAUAUAUCGCAAAUGCAUCUAUUAAGGCCAGUGCAAAUAAUUUGAUGAAAUUAGAGACUUUGAUAAAAAAUCAAAAAAUAGCAGAUGAGAAACUGCAAAAGGAAAUGAAUAAACUUAUGCUAAAGAAAAUAAAUCUACAAACAGAUCUUGACAAUGCAAUUGUAGAAAUAGAUAAAUUGGAAAAAGAACUUUUGGACAAAGAAAAACAGACAAGAAUGAUAAAGUCCGAACUUAUCAGAACAAAAGAAGACAGCGACAAAUACAAAUACGAGAAAGAUCUGAUAGACAAACGAUUAUUGAAAGCAGAUUCCGAGAGAUCUAGGCUGGAACGCGAAUUGAAACAAACUUUAAUUAAUGUAAGAAAUGCUGAACAUGAUGCUCAAACUUGUCGUAAGGAACAGCUCGAGGACAAGCAACGUAUCGAAAUUCUAUUACGAGAGAAGAACACCAUCGCUCGCAGCAAGGAGACCGCCUUCGAGCGAAUCAAACGGUUAAAUCACGAGCUCUUACUAUGUAAAAGUGGCAAGAAAAAGAUUGAACACGAACUAGACAUGUUUACGCAAACUAUCGAGGACAUGAAAAAGCAAAUGCAAGUUAUAGAGAAAGAAAGGGAUAGAUAUAGCUCGGCAGUGCAAGGAUUAGAACAGCAGUUAGAGAAUUGUAUAAACGAGACUAAACGGAAGCAAGUGGAAAUAUUUGAUUACAAGAAACGUUUGGCAGACGCCGAGACAAAGUAUCGCCAACAACAAAGUCUAUUCGAGGCUGUUCGAACAGAACGGAAUUUGUGCAGCAGAAGUUUAGUAGAAACACAGGAGGAGGUACGAGAUUUAAAGAGCAAACUGAAUAUUACAAACCAGCAGAUUGAGCAAUUGAAAGAAGACAUUGCACUGAAAGAGGCUAAUCUUGUAAAGGAAGAAUUCUUAUUGGGAAAGGUUGAGAAGGAGAAAGAGGAACUUAAAAUAGAUUUACGAACUUCUCGCGUGAAGAUAUCCAACUUGCGACAACAAAUUGAAGACUUAAAGAAGAAUGAAAAGAGCCUUAGGCAGGCCAUACAACAGGCAGAUCGAGAGAUUGGACGUCGAAAGAAGGAUAUUGAUAACGUUAUGAAUGAGCGUGACAUACUUGGUACGCAAUUGGUUCGAAGAAAUGAUGAACUUGGUCUUCAAUAUAGCAGAAUAAAGGUUUUGAAUAGAACGUUACAAUGUGGAGAGAUACAAUACAAUCAAAAAUUGGAAGACGUUCGAUUACUCAAGUUUGAAGUAAAAAAACUUAGAACUGAGAAAAUGUUGCUUGCAAAAAAUAUUUUAAAUGUUAGCGAUUUACGCCAAGAAGUUUUUCAUCUAAAUCGCAAUCUGACAAAAGAAAGGCUUAAAGUCACUGCACUUGAAGAGGAAAUUCAAACUCCAUUGAACAUACAUAGAUGGCGAAAGCUCGAG